GGUAAAUGCUGCUGAAUGUUUGCGAGAAUUUGAUGAGAACUCUCUACUCCCUGCAGUUUGUUUAGCCAACGGCCUGUCCCACCCUCAGGCACUUUCUCCUUCCUCUCUCUGUCCUCUGUGUUUUGUUUGGCCAGUACAAUGACUGUGGGGAACAUGGAGAGUGCCCAGCUGUUUGAUACCGGGAAUAAAGGUCGAGGCCUGAGGGCCACUAAAGAGAUUAGCACUGGGGAAGUGGUCUUCGCCGAGCCCAGUUUCUCCGCUGUGGUCUUCGACAGCCUGGCCAGUAAGGUGUGUCACAGCUGUUUCCGGCAUCAGGCCAACCUGCACCGCUGCGUUCAGUGUAAGUUUGCCCACUACUGUGACCGCACCUGCCAGACUGCAUGCUGGGAUGAACAUAAGCAGGAGUGUGGAGCCAUCAGGAAGAUGGGCAAGGCACCCAGCGAGAAUGUUCGUCUGGCUGCUCGUCUGUUGUGGCGUAUACACAAGGACACAAGCAUCGUGUCAGACAGUCAGCUGAUUGCAGUGGACAAGCUGGAGGACCACGUGGCCGACAUGUCUGAAGACGACCUCAAGAAGCUUAAGACUGAUGUGCACACUUUUCAGCAAUUCUGGUCAUAUGGAAGCAAACAUCACUCUGAUGACUACAUCUCACACAUCUUUGGCAUUAUCAAGUGUAAUGGAUUCACACUGAGUGAUCAGAGAGGCCUGCAGGCUGUUGGUGUGGGUCUUUUCCCCAACCUGUGUCUGGUCAACCAUGACUGCUGGCCCAACUGCACCAUCAUCCUCAACCAUGGAGACCAGUCAGCUUUGAGUUCUGCUCUCCACUCUCAGAGGAGGAUCGAGCUGCGAGCUCUGGAGAAAAUCCCAGACGGUGAGGAGCUGACGGUCAGCUAUGUGGACUUCCUCAACCUGUCUACUGAUCGCCAGAAGAAGCUGAAGGAGCGUUUCUACUUCGACUGCACCUGCGAGCACUGCAGCCAGCACAUCAAGGACGACCUGAUGAUGGCCCCUGAUGAGGGGAGCAAACCCUCUGCUGAUAAAGUGAACGAAAUUACUGCCUUCAGUAAAGAGUGUCUGGAAAAGAUUGAGAGGUCUCGCAUUGAGGGGGAUUAUAACGAGGUGGUGAAGUUGUGUCGGGAGUGUUUGGAGAAGCAGGAGCAUGUUCUGGCUGACACUCACCUGUGUAAGCUGCGUGUGCUCAGCAUUACCAGUGAGGUGCUUUCAUUCAUGCAGUCCUUCUCUGAGGCUGCAGUCCUUGUCCACAGGAUGGUGGAGGGAUACAUGAAGUUGUACCACCACAACAACGCCCACCUGGGCAUGGCCAUCAUGCGUGCAGGCGUCACACACUGGCAUGCAGGGCAGAUUGAGAUGGGCCACAGCAUGAUCUGCAAGGCCUACAGUAUCCUCUUGGUCAGCCAUGGACCCAGUCAUGCCAUCACCAGAGACCUGGAGACCAUGCGCAGGCAGACUGAGAUGGAGUUGAAGAUUUUUAAGCAGAAUAAGCAUGCAUACCACACCAUGAGGGAAACGGCUCUGAAGAAGUAGACCAUGACCAGCAGCACCUCCGCUGAUGAAAACAAGCAACAAUCACCUUCACCACUGCGGCUCCAAUCAGAGCAGAGCCUGCUGAUGUUCUGAUGCAUGCCUAACUGUGCAUCGACAUGUACAUACUGAAUACUGUAUGUCUUCUAAAGAACUGCACCCAGUCCCUAUGCUGAGAUUGUGAAAGUCUAGUAUGUCUGAAGAUACAGACUGUUCUGUUAAAACCAAUAUCAAAACCAAUGUGCUGAUGUAACACAUGUUGCAUGUACAGAAUCUGCAAUAAAAGUAGAGAUACACCAUG